AACCCUAAAUCCCAAAUGGACAAAAAUCAAUAGACUUUUCGUCUUCUAAAACUCGCACCCAAAAAAUUUGCAGCUUUGGUCAACCUAACGAUGUCGUACGACGACGUGGAGAUAGAGGACAUGCAGUGGAACGAGGAGUUGCAGGCAUACACAUAUCCAUGCCCUUGCGGCGAUCUUUUUCAGAUAACAAAAGAAGAGCUCAAGAUCGGCGAGGAAAUCGCUCGUUGCCCCAGCUGUUCUCUCUACAUCACCGUCAUCUACAACGCCGAGGAUUUCGCCGACAAAAAAUCAAACAACAAUCUUGAGCCUCCAAAACGACAAGCCGUCGCCGUUGCUUGAGACCUUUCAGAUGGCAAAUGGCAAACAUUACACUUGAGUAUAACUGGUUUUAUAGCAGAUUGCAAGAAUGUUUUGUUGGAGAUUAGUUCCUUAUGUGUGCUGUGGUGCUAGCAUUGGUGAGGAAAUUUUGGUUUAUCUGUUGGUGUAUUUAAUUUAACAUUGAAAUCCCUAUGAAUAAAUACAUGAAUUUGGUUUCUUCAGUAACAGAUGAGAUGCUUUAUGUUUCUGUCACUAAGAGCUCAGAUAUGAGUAUGCUUUCCACAUGAGUAUUGACUAAUAUUCAUAAAGAUUUGUACUAAUACAUUUGUUUGGUGGAACAUCUGUAUCCAUGCCUAGAUAUGUGUUUAACACGAAUAUUCGAUAUCUAAAUGUGUCGGCGGUUGUUUGCUUUA